AUGGGUGUUCAGUUUAGCCUCAAUGGCUAUCCUUACUACGCUAAUGGCUUCAAUGCCUAUUGGCUCAUGUACGUCGCCUCCGACCCAUCCCAAAGGUCUAAGAUCUCCGCCGCGUUUCAAGAAGCUUCUCGCCAUGGAUUGACAGUUGCUCGAACCUGGGCUUUCAGUGACGGCGGUUACAGGCCUCUCCAGUUUUCCCCUGGCUCUUACAAUGAGGAUAUGUUUCAGGGUUUGGACUUUGCGAUAGCUGAAGCAAGAAGGCAUGGUAUAAAGAUAAUACUCAGCUUUGCCAACAACUACGUGAGCUUCGGAGGGAAGAAGCAAUAUGUGGAUUGGGCUAGAAGCCGAGGCCGUCCCGUGUCUUCUGAAGAUGACUUCUUCACAGACUCUCUUGUUAAAGAUUUUUACAAGAACCAUAUCAAGGCUGUGCUGAACAGAUUCAAUACCUUCACCAAAGUUCAUUACAAAGAUGACCCAACCAUUAUGGCUUGGGAGCUCAUGAACGAGCCUCGCUGCCCAUCAGAUCCAACCGGGCGAACCAUUCAGGCUUGGAUUACUGAGAUGGCAGCUCAUGUGAAAUCACUAGACAGAAACCAUCUGCUUGAAGCUGGCCUCGAAGGUUUCUACGGCCAGUCCUCGCCUCAGAGCAAGACACUUAACCCACCCGGCCAGUUUGGAACCGAUUUCAUCGCCAAUAACCGAGUCCCGGGCAUUGAUUUCGUCACGGUUCACUCUUACCCGGACGAAUGGUAA